AUGUCUGGCGUGAAGAUACUGCAAUUCUUACAGAGCCUGUCUCGUAGAAAACCUCUGGAGCCUGAGGGGGAAGUGUCAAACUUUCGACGAUGUUUGACCACACUUGACCUGGUGGCUUUGGGGGUCGGCAGUACUCUGGGAGCUGGCGUAUAUGUGCUGUCAGGAGAAGUUGCCAGAACUGUGGCUGGACCUAGCAUCAUUAUCUCUUUCCUGGUGGCGGCAAUAGCUUCUGUUUUUGCGGGACUGUGUUAUGCUGAAUUUGGAGCACGUGUCCCCAAGACCGGCUCCGCUUAUCUCUACAGCUAUGUGACUGUGGGAGAGAUAUGGGCCUUUAUAACUGGUUGGAACUUGCUUCUGUCUUAUAUAAUAGGCACCUCAAGCGUAGCUAGAGCGUGGAGUGGGACCUUCGAUGACCUCAUUGGAAAUGUCAUUGCUAACUCUUUAGGCAAACACGCCGCUAUGGACUUACCUGGAUUGGCUCCCUACCCAGACUUCUUUGCAGCUGGCCUCAUAAUGUUGUUAGCAGGGAUUCUUGCAUUUGGCGCUAAAGAGUCAGCGGUUGUAAAUAAGGUCUUCACAGCAGUAAAUAUCCUGGUGUUGCUAUUUGUCAUCAUCUCUGGCUUCAUAAAGGGCAACACCAGCAACUGGUACAUUAGUGAGGAUAGCAUCAUGAAUGGAUCGUUAUAUGAAUAUCACAGUUCAGUAAAUGAAACCAACAGCUUUGGCCAUGGUGGAUUUUUCCCAUUUGGCUUUGAGGGAACAUUAGCAGGAGCAGCAACUUGUUUUUACGCAUUUGUGGGAUUUGACUGCAUCGCAACAACAGGGGAAGAGGUUCAGAACCCCCAGAAAUCCAUCCCUUUGGGUAUCGUGGCCUCUCUGCUGAUCUGCUUCCUGGCUUAUUUUGGUGUGUCUGCAGCCCUGACCCUCAUUAUGCCAUACUAUUUGCUCAGUGUCAACAGCCCGCUACCUGUGGCCUUCACAUACAUUGGUUGGGGCCCUGCAAAGUAUGCUGUGGCUGUGGGCUCUCUCUGUGCACUAUCAACAAGUCUGUUGGGAUCCAUGUUCCCGAUGCCACGUGUCCUCUUUGCCAUGGCCAGGGACGGGCUGCUCUUCAAGCCCCUCAGUAGGAUGAGCAGCAGACAGAGUCCUCUCAUAGCCACGCUGGCCUCGGGGGCUGUAGCAGCUAUCAUGGCCCUGUUGUUUGACCUGAAGGCAUUGGUUGACAUGAUGUCCAUCGGAACUCUCUUUGCCUACACCCUCGUUGCUAUAUGCAUCCUCAUAUUAAGAUACCAAGCUGAUGCAAAUGAGGAUUCAGGUUACAGCAACCCAGAGUCAUUCACAAUAAACGGAGUUCUGCAUCCGCCCUCACUGGCCACUGCUCGAACUUCUAAAAAUGUGUCGACGUUCACCAUUUUCCUUAUCUUCAUGGCUGUUAUUCUAAGCCUCUUUAUAUCUAAGGCUGCAAGCUCCCUGCAAGGCCACGAGUGGUGGAGCCUUCUGUGUGUCACCGUGAUCUUACUGAUGAUGGUCCUCAUCACCGUGAUCAUCUGGAGACAGCCACAGAGUUCAACCAAAGCAGCUUUUAUGGUUCCUCUUGUACCCGUGCUCCCUAUUUUCAGCACCUUUGUCAAUGUCUAUCUAAUGGUUCAACUUGGAUCAGACACAUGGAUCCGCUAUUUAAUUUGGAUGGCAGUAGGUUUAUUCAUCUACUUUAGUUAUGGUAUUAAUCACAGUGUGCAAAAACUUAGGUUUCAAAAUGCGCACACUGUUGUUAAUAUUCAAAGGAUCGGUACUAACACGGAGCACAACUUUGAAGCUGCAGAAGACUUCAGUGGCCCGGAUAUGUGA